CCCCGCUGCGCCGUGGGACCGCGGCCGUUCUGCCCGCACCGGGAGCUGUAAUGCCAGGAGGCGAGAACGGUUUGGUAGAUGGAGCGAAGAAAACGCACCCUAAGCACACUCUGAGUUAAAAAUGGAGAACUCCUUUGUGGAAGAAGUGGCUGCAUCACUCAUCAGAGAAUUUCUCAGUAGAAAGGGUUUGAAGAAAACCAUCACCACCAUGGACGAAGAGCUUCCACGUUCUGAACUCAGCAUCAAUAACCGGAACGAACUUCGGAAUGUCCUGCAUCUGCACUCCUUGUACAAACACAACAAGGCAAAGGAGAGCCCACUGAAAACACUUCUUGAAAUUAUUACUAACUACUUCCUUGAGCGCCAUGGGACUUCCCGAAGCAUUAGUUCAAGUUCUGCUCUGUCAGCCCCUCAAAGUAAGAGCUCAACAUCUCACCAACCCAACUUACCAGAUGAGGAUCACGUGUGUGGGAGUGCCACUACACUCGAUGAAAGCAGAACUCAAGCUCACAGAUACAAUGUUGAGAAUUCAGUAGAUAAAAUCUUUCCAUCCAGAAAACAACAACACAAAAGUGAAAAAUGCCACACAGGGGCAAUACACAACAGUCAGUUACUCUCUGAUGGGGAUAAGAAGUUACAAGAUAGUCGAGAAGAUUUAAAAGCAUCAGCGGUUUCUGAAGAGCUGAAAUCCACAGUGAAGGAGAAGCCAAGGCCCAGGUCUAGUCUCAUUGUCAGAGGAAUGAUGGCCAGACCAGUAGCAACUUCACCAGAGGAUCUGCAAAAAAGGAGGCUUUCAAAACGAUCCACUAGCAUAAGCAGCACAGCACAGUUCAAGGCUGAAGAACAUGAAGGAGGUGACCUGAGUGUCCCAUGUACCGAUUUUCAAGAAAGCAAAGGAUCUUCAGCACAAGAAAAUGCGGGGUUCACAUCAAAGGCUGUGUCAAGUUUACACGCAAGUUCAGCCUUUCAAAAACUAAGAACCGUUCCCAAAGAUACAGAUGACUCUUUUGCCAGUCUGCUCACUGAAAGAGAGAGGACCAAGACAGAAGAAAGAAAAUCACUUCCAAGCUUUGUUACAGACAGCAAUGAGAAAAGCCUUAAAGUGAGUGCCCCUCACAGACAUUCAGGGGCUGGAAGAGAGAAGAAAGAAAAAUCCUUCAAGAAAAAUGAGAGUCGGUUGUCAGGCCAUAGGAGGUCUCCAACAUCUACUUGCUAUAAAGAAGACCAGAUGAAAGAUAUCCUAGAAUUAGUUGAUGUUGAGGCUGAAGAAACAACUGGAGAAGUUAUUAAAAACCCAGAUCUUUCAACACUGUAUAUGCUCCAAGUAGUAUCAAAGGCAAUUGAUAUUUCUCUUGCAAAAGAGUUAAAAAAUCUUUUGUUUGGCUCUAGUCUUUGUUGCUUCAGUGAAGAAUGGAAAAUACAGAAUUUUACAUUUAAUAACAUACCACAGUUAAAAUAUGGCAUUGUGCAAAAAAAGGGUGGCCCAUGUGGAGUACUGGCUGCAGUUCAAGCUUGUGUCCUACAACGGCUUAUUUUUGCAGACAGUAAUAGGAAUAAAGACAUUCGUUGUCUUCAACCAUCAGAAGUUCAUAGGACCAAAUGCCUCACCAUGGCAAUUGCAGACAUACUGUGGCGUGCAGGAGGCAACGAGAAAGCAAUUGUAGCACUGCCAUCAGGAAGACAGCAGUUCAUUCCCAUAGGAAAAUACAAGGCAGAUGGAAUCUUAGAAACUCUAAUACUACAUAGUGCCACAAGAUACGAGGAUCUGGUUGUUUUUCUUCAGCAGAAUAUUCACCAGUUUGAAACUGGUCCCUGGGGGUGUAUCCUUCUGACUGUGUCUGUCAUCUUAUCAAGAUCUAUCAAUCUGGUGCGCAAUGAUUUUGACGUGCUUACAAACCGGUUGAUUGGAAGCCAUGGCUAUUGCACUCAGGAAUUGGUGAACUUGCUUUUGACUGGAAAAGCUGUGUCCAAUGUUUUCAACAAUGUGAUAGAGCUGGAUUCUGGAAAUGGCAAUAUCACAAUUUUGAAAGGUAUCACAAGCCGCAGUGAUAUUGGUUUGCUGUCGCUCUUUGAGCACUAUGAUGUUUGUCAGGUUGGUUGUUACUUGAAGACCCCUAAAUACCCAAUUUGGUUGGUGUGCAGUGAAAGCCACUUCAGUGUGCUUUUUUGUUUGGAAAAGGAUUUACUAGGUGACUGGAAAACAGAGCGGAAAUUUGAUCUAUAUUAUUAUGAUGGUUUGGCCAACCAGGAAGAAGAAAUACGGUUAACAGUUGACACAACUCAGAUGUGUGCUGAAGAUAAAGAAAAUGAUCUUACUCCUCCACUUGAGCACUGCAUUAGGACAAAGUGGCAAGGAGCUGUUAUUGACUGGAAUGGCACAGAACCAAUCUUGUGACUGACCUGACCUGCACUGUAUUUGUAAAGACAGAAAGGAAAUGACUGAAUUAGCACCUACCUACAGGAAAUAGGACAAGACUUGUGCAGUUUAUGAUGAGGAAGAAUGACAUGGUUUGAAGGCUGGAAGAGUUUCACCUCAGUCACCUCAUGCUUCAGAUAUUUUCUUAUAAUAUAAACAACACUUACGUAAAUUCCUUGUCACUGUCUUUUUAACGUACAGCUUCUGAGAGUAGACUGUUUCCACCACAAAGUCAAGGUUACAGAUGAAGCAGUGAAGUCAAUGUCCCCUUGAGGUCUCUUUCUGGAUCCACUCUGUAUCCUGCAAUUGUUUCAAAGCAUCUGAUGGAAGAUGCUGAACCCAGAUUUCUGUCAGUCUACAUGCCUUCUCACCUACAAAACUCCAGUGCAAGUAUAAAGUAUCCAAGAAACAUGUACUUGCUUCUUUACCUGAUAAUAGUAAACUUCCUUUUGCACUAAACACAUUGAUAACCGUGUGGGCUUUUCAGAUAAAGCCUGACGUAUACAAAGUUCUUGUUGUGUCAUAAAAUUUGCAGUGAGGAUUACGGUUUUGUGUUUCCAGAAUAGUAACACUAUUACGUUGCUUACACUGUGUGGAAUCGGUGUGUAACAGUGCCUCACACUGAUGUAGCUUAUUUUUCUUUCUGGAUGAGAGACAGCUGUAUCAGUGUCUUUAUAUUUAUACCAUUGUAAUUAUACACCAGGCUUUAUUAACACCAAAUAGAAAAGAUCUGUGGUUUGUUUCUUCAUAAGUACAAAAAACCCCAGAAGAGCUGUUAGGUUUGAAACUUAAAUGGUGCCUACCUGUGAUAGAUACCAGUUUUCAUGAUUAACUAAAGUGCAUGUACUGAACUGAUGUACUGUGGAGAUGUAUCAUGAGGUACUGAAUCAGCAGUUUGUAUUCUGACUUGAAUUCUUUAAGCAACAUAUUUUGACAACACUUUGCCAAAAUUGGAACAAGUUACUGAACUGAAGACUGGAAAAAAUGCCUUGGAAAAACAGGCAGAUAGAUGAUUUUUCUAGAAUUAUUCCUUUCUCUUGAGAGUCAGUAUUUCAUGACAGUUUAAUAAAGAACUUUUGCUUUCA